GCAAAUUUAGGGUACCCAUUUUGGGAGUUUAGACAAAAGCCCAUCAACGACGCUCAUGUUCACCACUAGACUGGCGCCCGCGCUGCGCCGUGUUGCCUCCUCGGCUGCUCGCCGGCCAUCGCCUCCGCUUCUCGCAGCUAGGUUAGGCACUAGUGGACGUAUUCCACCACUCGGUCGCCACUUCUCGCAAGUGACGUUCACGUUCGUGGACGGAGAGGGUGAGCACACGACGGUGACCGCCGAGGAAGGCGAGAAGUUGCUGGACGUGGCCCAGGAAAACGAUUUGGAGCUGGAAGGCGCGUGCGGCGGAGAACUCGCCUGCUCUACCUGCCAUUUGGUGUUCGAAAAGCGCAUCUUCGACAAUCUACCGGAGGUAAGCGAGGAGGAGGAGGACAUGCUGGACCUGGCCUGGGGGCUUACAGACACAUCGCGGUUGGGCUGCCAGAUCCACGUGACGAAGGACAUGGAAGGCAUGACGGUGCGGAUCCCAGACGAGGCUGACAACCUCAUGUAAGGGUAGAAUGGUAGGCCAAUGUAGAACAAAAACGGUAGAGCGGUACUACCCUAUAGAGAAUGGAUGAUGAACGUCCAGCCAGCGGACACGCUUUCCAUUGUUUGGGGUAAUUUCUAGACUUUUAGAGCGCUUCGGUAACGUCGCCUAAUUGUUUUUCAAGAUCCUGAACAAGCCGCCCGAGUCGGUCUUGCAUUUGGAUCAUGCCGCUGAUUUUGGCUUGGAUCUUCUCGAGUUCACUCUCCGCUGUCUGGUUGCGGAAGGAACCGGAGAAGUCCGUGUUGAGCUGGGAGAUGCGGUUAAGUGUAGUCUCUGGAGUGGGGGUCACGAGCUGUUGGGCGGUCUUAUCGUCUAUGGCUGCAGAUGCUGCCAUCUUCUCGAGUGCAGUGAGCGAACUCUCUGUUGACUUGGAACUGAGUUUCUUGGGUGUAGUCUUGGUGCGUUUGUCCACGAUACGAGCAAUACGCUGCUUCAUGGCUGGAUAGUGCGUGAGGGCGAUGAGAAAUUUCUCUCGUGUGAGCAUACGCAGCUCGCAGAAGCAGAGUGUACGCACAGUUGCAGUACGCAGACAAUUCUGGUUCAGAAUAGCCAUCUCACCGAAGUACUGCUUCUGACCGAGCAGUCCGAGCUGAACUCCCGACUUGACGAUCUCCACCACACCUCGGAAGAUAAAGAACAUUUCUUCGCCUAUUUCUCCUUCAAGAAUGACCUCCUCCAAGGGUGGAAAGCACACCAUACGCAUACUCAGAGCGAGUUCCAUCAAGAAAUUGUGGUCGGCUCCAGCAAAGAACGGCAUCUUGUUGAGAACGCUGUCGUUGAUAGCAAAGGCGAUCUUGGAACGUAGUAAAGCGGACAAUUCUGCCAAGAUUUUACCUUCGUUUGCCAGCUUGGACUCGGCCGAUAUUCGCGCGUUGAAGAAGAACUCGCGGAUCUCGUAUCGUAGUUGCAUUGGCAGCUCGCGGGCCUCCAUGUAGUCGUUCAGCUCGUCCAUACGCAGCUGGAAUCGACUGUCCGCUCCGUUCAGAUUCGUCACCAUAGCGACGACAUUUGUGAUGCCAUAAGCAAAAAUCCAAGCGCCGAGGAUCAUCGCGACGAUGGCGAAUAUUCGCUCGUGUGUAGUGGUAGGAUGCACGUCGCCAUACCCCACUGUCGUCCUGUAAAUAACGGGUAAGGAUCAAGAUGCAGAGUUACUAGUGUGAGAGCAGCUUUACGUACAUGGUCAUGAUCGCCCAGUAGAAGGACGUGACGUAUUUUUCGUACAGACUCUUGUCUUGAAGCCCCAUCGAGGCCACCCAGCCGUCAUCUUCGUCGUAACUUAUGAGGAAGAAGAAGCAACUAGGAAGAAAGAAUACAAGCAUCAGUAU